ACGCAGCUCAGGAGCGCGCGGAGCGGAGCCAGGAGCCCGAGCAAGAUGAUGAUGGUUAUGCAGCCCGAGGGCCUGGGGGCCGGAGAGAGGCCCUUCAUGGGCGGCGGCGGGGGCGGCGAGUACAUGGAACAGGAGGAAGACUGGGACCGCGACCUGCUGCUGGACCCGGCCUGGGAGAAGCAGCAGCGGAAAACCUUCACUGCGUGGUGUAACUCGCACCUGCGCAAGGCAGGCACCCAGAUUGAGAACAUCGAGGAAGAUUUCCGCAAUGGCCUCAAACUCAUGCUUCUCCUGGAGGUCAUUUCAGGAGAGAGGCUGCCCAGGCCAGACAAAGGCAAGAUGCGCUUCCACAAAAUCGCCAAUGUCAACAAAGCCCUGGACUUCAUUGCCAGCAAGGGGGUUAAGCUGGUGUCCAUUGGUGCUGAAGAGAUCGUUGACGGGAACCUGAAGAUGACCCUGGGCAUGAUCUGGACCAUCAUCCUCCGCUUCGCCAUCCAGGACAUCUCUGUGGAGGAGACCUCGGCCAAGGAAGGCUUGCUCCUGUGGUGCCAGCGGAAGACAGCGCCAUACCGCAAUGUCAACGUGCAGAACUUCCACACCAGCUGGAAGGACGGCCUGGCCCUCUGUGCUCUCAUCCACCGACACCGCCCCGACCUCAUCGACUACGCCAAACUGCGCAAGGAUGAUCCUGUUGGCAACCUGAACACUGCCUUUGAGGUGGCAGAGAAAUACCUGGACAUCCCCAAGAUGCUGGAUGCAGAGGACAUCGUGAACACCCCAAAGCCAGACGAGAAGGCCGUCAUGACCUACGUGUCCUGCUUCUACCAUGCGUUUGCUGGGGCUGAGCAGGCAGAGACUGCUGCCAACAGGAUCUGCAAGGUGCUGGCCGUAAACCAGGAAAACGAGAAGCUGAUGGAGGAGUACGAGAAACUCGCCAGCGAGCUGCUGGAAUGGAUCCGCCGCACUGUCCCAUGGCUGGAGAACCGUGUGGGCGAGCCCAGCAUGAGUGCCAUGCAGCGCAAGCUGGAGGACUUUCGGGACUACCGGCGCCUGCACAAGCCGCCCCGAGUCCAGGAGAAGUGCCAGCUGGAGAUCAACUUCAACACGCUGCAGACCAAGCUGCGGCUGAGCCACCGGCCCGCCUUCAUGCCCUCCGAGGGCAAGCUGGUCUCGGACAUCGCCAACGCUUGGCGGGGGCUGGAGCAGGUGGAAAAAGGCUACGAGGACUGGCUGCUCUCGGAGAUCCGGCGCCUGCAGCGACUCCAGCACCUGGCUGAGAAGUUCCGGCAGAAGGCCUCCCUGCAUGAAGCCUGGACCCGGGGGAAGGAGGACAUGCUGAGCCAGCGCGACUACGAGUCGGCCUCGCUGCAGGAGGUGCGGGCGCUGCUGCGGCGCCACGAGGCCUUCGAGAGCGACCUGGCGGCGCACCAGGACCGCGUGGAGCACAUCGCGGCGCUGGCGCAGGAGCUCAAUGAGCUGGACUACCAUGAAGCAGCCUUGGUGAACAGCCGCUGCCAGGCCAUCUGUGACCAGUGGGACAACCUGGGCACGCUGACCCAGAAGAGGCGGGAUGCGCUGGAGCGGAUGGAGAAGCUCCUGGAGACCAUCGAUCAGCUGCAGCUGGAGUUUGCCCGGCGGGCAGCGCCCUUCAACAACUGGCUGGACGGGGCCGUGGAGGACCUGCAGGACGUGUGGCUGGUGCACUCCGUGGAGGAGACCCAGAGCCUGCUGACAGCCCACGAGCAGUUCAAGGCAACGCUGCCCGAGGCUGACCGAGAGCGAGGCGCCAUCAUGGGCAUCCAGGCUGAGAUCCAGAAGAUCUGCCAGACAUACGGGCUGCGGCCCAUCACCACCUGCCCCUACAUCAGCCUCAGCCCACAGGACAUCAACAAUAAGUGGGACAAGAUCCGAAAGCUAGUGCCCAGCCGUGACCAGACACUGCAGGAGGAGCUGGCACGGCAGCAGGUGAACGAGAGGCUCCGGCGACAGUUUGCAGCCCAGGCCAAUGCCGUCGGACCCUGGAUCCAAGCAAAGGUGGAGGAGGUGGGGAGGCUGGCAGCAGGGCUGAUCGGCUCUCUGGAGGACCAGAUGGCUGGGCUGCGGCAACAGGAGCAGAACAUCAUCAACUACAAGAGCAACAUCGACCGGCUCGAGGGUGACCACCAGCUGCUGCAGGAGAGCCUGGUCUUCGACAAUAAGCACACUGUCUACAGCAUGGAGCACAUCCGCGUGGGCUGGGAGCAGCUGCUCACCUCCAUCGCCCGCACCAUCAACGAGGUGGAGAACCAGGUGCUGACCCGCGACGCCAAGGGGCUGAGCCAGGAGCAGCUCAACGAGUUCCGGGCAUCCUUCAACCACUUUGACAGGAAGCGGAACGGGAUGAUGGAGCCCGACGACUUCCGAGCUUGCCUCAUCUCCAUGGGCUAUGAUCUGGGGGAAGUGGAGUUUGCGCGCAUCAUGACCAUGGUGGACCCCAACGCAGCCGGGGUCGUGACCUUCCAGGCCUUUAUUGACUUCAUGACCCGAGAGACAGCCGAGACUGACACGGCUGAGCAAGUUGUGGCCUCCUUCAAGAUCCUGGCAGGAGACAAGGUGAGCCUGGGGCAGUGGAGGGGCUGGUGGGCUGGGACGAGGAACAGGAUCUGUGGGCCCUCAACACCCCUUCUCCUGCAGAAGUACAUCACCGCCGAGGAGCUGCGCCGCGAGCUCCCCGCCGAGCAGGCCGAGUACUGCAUCCGCCGCAUGGUGCCCUACAAAGGGUCCGGGGCCCCGGCUGGAGCCCUGGACUAUGUGGCCUUCUCCAGUGCCCUCUACGGGGAGAGUGACCUCUGACCUCAACCACUGCGGGUCUCUACGCAAGAUGGAGAGAGGGUGCUCCCUGUGGCUGAGCCCACCCAUCCCUCAGAGCACGGCCGGCCAUGUUUUUCUGAAUAAAGCUCCCUCUGUGGGCCUCU